CCUUGUGCGACUUAUACUCCAGUGCGACUUAUGUAUGUUUUUUUUCUACCUAAUUACGCAUUUUUGACCUUGUACGACUUAUACUCCGGAGUGACUUAUAGUCCAGAAAAUACGGUAUAUCCUGUGGUAGAAUGAACACAUACAUAUCCGAUACCGAUAUCAACCAAUAUCGCAUUUUUAUACUGGUAUCAGACAUCCCUAAAAAUAACACCGUAGAUUUGAAUGAAUGGAAUAUUCUUAUUAUAAUCACCCAAAAAUGAUCCAUGUUCUUAAAGCAAGUGAAAAUGAGGCUCUGUAGUGUCGUUUAAGUGUUCCCUUUAUUUUGGGGGUGAGUCAAGCAAGGACAAGACUGAAUCUGAGUCAGUCUUGUGUGGGAUUGUUGACUUUAAGUCAGACCAGUGCUUUCGUCACACAUUUAUGCUGAGCAAGAAGACUCCACAGCGCAUUUAAGAUGGUAUAGUCCAAGCGUACUCGUAGUCACUGGCGACUUCAGCAUACAAUGGCUUCUUAUGGGACGUUUAGGCUGCUUUUCUUCUGCGUGAUUUCUACAAGUACCUCAACUGAUGACGCCAGCCACCUCAACACCACAUCCAUCGGAAAACUGAUUAUCACAUCAUAUCAGGAAAGUCUUCAAAUCCUGGAUGAAAGUGUCUUCCUGAAGAGACAAAGACGAAGUUCACCUUUGACCUCCGCUCACGGCUUUACAUUCCGACGACAAACUGAGACGGAGACCCUGGAGAUGGGACACGCUGCUGAGGUUUUUCAAUCAACUCUGCAGGUCUUGAAGGAGAAAGUGAAGCAGAGGUAUAAAAGGGAUAUUACCGCUGCAGGUUUGCUUUCGUGGGAGCAUGUGGAACUUAUUGCAGAGCUAUCAAGAUGUCCGCCUCCAACACAUCCAGGCAUCUGCCAACAGAGUCACACCAGCAAGUACCGCUCCGUAUCUGGCAUCUGCAACAACAGGUUCAAUCCACUUUGGGGAGCGGCCAACAUCGCCUUGCUCAGAUGGCUUCCAGCUCAGUACGAAGAUCAAGUACGACAACCCAAAGGCUGGAACGGAGGUCGUCUCUAUAAUGAAUUCCAGCUUCCCACGUCAUGGGAGGUCAGCAAGAAGAUAAUAAAGAGCACGUUGACGGCGAAAGACGACGCCUACUCUCACAUGCUGGUGGAGUGGGGCCAGUAUAUCGACCAUGACGUAACGUUCACCCCUCAGAGCCCCGGGAAAGUAACGUUUUCACCUCAAGAUGACUGCCUGAGCACCUGUACGAAUGUGCAUCCUUGCUUUCCCAUCCAGACAGAUAAUAAGCUCCCAAGUCCCCGAAGCUGCUUGCCUUUCAAUCGCUCCUUACCAGCCUGCCUCGCCGGCGUCGGGCCCGACGUCGGGUCCGACGUCAGUCAAGCUCUGCAACAGCAACAGAUGAACGCCAUCACGUCCUUCAUCGACGCUUCAUCCGUGUAUGGCUCCAGUCCGAGAGUCAACAACUUCCUCAGAGAUCUCAGCGGACGUGAGGGGAAACUAGCUGUUAAUGAGUACUUCAAGGACAUCAGGGGAAGACCGUAUCUUCCUUUUGAAGAAUCAAAGUCAUCAGCCUGCAUUCACGCCGACGGUGAAGCGAAAGCGGCGUGUUUCCGUGCCGGAGACGGUCGAGUCAACGAGGGGCUGCCUUUGACUUGUUUGCAUACGCUUUGGUUAAGGCUACACAAUCAAAUAGCGGAGACGCUUAAACGCCUCAAUGGUCACUGGAGCCCGGAGAUGAUAUAUCAAGAAACGCGCAAGAUUAUCGCGGCCCUGCAUCAGAUCAUAACCAUGAAAGAUUAUCUUCCGAAGAUAAUUGGUAAAGAAUUUUUUGACAACUACAUCGGGCCCUACAGAGGAUAUGACCCAACUGUGAACCCGUCGGUUUCAAAUGUCUUUGCUACCGCUGCGUUUCGGUUCGGACACGGCACCGUCCCUUCCGUGAUCAGGAGACUCGAUGAGCGCUACCAGGAAAAUCAACAUUUUCCAAACCUGAUGCUGCACGAUAGUUUGUUCACUCCAUGGAGAAUAUUCCAUGAAGGUGGAAUCGAACCAAUCCUUAGAGGUACAACUGGAACGGAGGCAGCAGCCAGCAAUGCAAACACUCUGGUGCAGGAGGAGGCGACGGAGAGGCUGGUUGUCAUAAAUAUUCAACAACCUAUGGACCUGGCUUCACUUAACCUGCAGAGAGGACGAGAUCAUGGUCUCCCAGGUUACAAUGACUGGAGAGAGUUUUGUGGACUAAAGCGGAUUCGAACACUUGAGGACUUUACACGCGUCGUAAAGGAUGUUAAUGUUGCCGAGAGAAUCCUUCAACUAUACAAACACCCUGACAACGUUGACGUAUGGCUGGGAGGACUUGUUGAGGCCUUUCUACCCGGGGCGAGAGUUGGUCCUGUCUUUGCCUGCCUGAUUGGAAAGCAGAUGAAAGCUCUUCGUGAUGGUGACAGGUUCUGGUGGGAAUCAGACUCUACGUUCAACCAACAGCAGAGGGAUGAACUGUUGAAGGUUUCUCUGUCGAAGAUCAUCUGUGACAAUAGCGACAUCACGGAAGUCCAUCCUGAUGCAUUCAUAUUUGAGAAGUACCCUUCGGGUUACGUCUCUUGUCAACAUUUACCAGCAAUGAACUUGGAGGCGUGGAAAGAGGAAAAAAGCCAAGAUUUGAAAAGAUGUGGCUCUCCAGGACAGAUCAAGAAUGGUGAUUACGUGCUGUCCUCGAUGCCUGGCAAAUUGGAGGCUCUUUACUCCUGUUAUUAUGGCUUUAAAUUAACCGGCGCUGCUGUGAUUUCUUGUGAGGGACAUGAGUGGAAUGACAAACCUCCACAGUGUGAUGGCAACCCUCAGUGAAGUGGAUCCAGAGAACCUGACCCAUGGAGAUGUCGCACACUUUAGUUUUCAUGAAUGUUGUGUAUUCCCAGUCAUGAAAUAUGUGACUUUUUUUUAAAACUGGAAUUGGGUAUGAAGGGUUUUAUUGAAUAUUAGCUGGUACAAAACAUUAUCAUUCCAGUCAGACUCACAAGGCUGGAUUUUAAAAGCUUAGUAUUCUAGUUCUAUGUUCCACUUAGUACAGAAUACGUAUCUACCAUAUCUUCCAUAUCUACCAUAUCUACCAUAUCUUCCAUAUCUACCAUAUCUACCACAUCUACCACAUCUACCACAUCUACCACAUCUACCACAUCUACCACAUCUACCACAUCUACCACAUCUACCACAUCUACCAUAUCUACCAUAUCUACCAUAUCUACCAUAUCUACCAUAUCUUCCAUAUCUACCAUAUCUACCAUAUCUUCCAUAUCUUCCAUAUCUACCAUAUCUUCCAUACCAUACAAGUCACACUUUGUCUUGCCUUUCUUCUGACAUCAUGGGACUUCCUUUUAGUUGCACAUGGAAAUGUACAUCCACUGGAAAAUACAAAUCAAUUAUCAAACUGUGUUAAUACAGAGAUAGAUAUAGAUAGAUAGAUAGAUAGGUAGAUAGAUAGAUAGAUAGAUAGAUAGAUAGAUAGAUAGAUAGAUAGAUAGAUAGAUAGAUAGAUAGAUAGAUAGAUAGAUAGAGAGAUAGAGAGAUAGAGAGAUAGAGAGAUAGAGAGAUAGAGAUAGAUAGAUAGAUAUAGGGAGAGAGAGAUAGAUAUAGAGAGAUAGAAAGAUAGAUAUAGAGAGAUAGAUAUAUAGAGAGAUAGAAAGAUAGAUAUAGAGAUAGAGAUAGAUAUAGAGAGAUAGAUAUAGAGAGAUAGAAAGAUAGAUAUAUAUAGAGAUAGAAAGAUAGAUAUAGAGAUAGAUAUAGAGAGAUAGAAAGAUAGAUAUAUAGAGAGAUAGAAAGAUAGAUAUAGAGAUAGAUAUAGAGAGAUAGAAAGAUAGAUAUAGAGAUAGAUAUAGAGAGAUAGAAAGAUAGAUAUAGAGAUAGAUAUAGAGAGAUAGAAAGAUAGAUAUAGAGAUAGAUAUAGAGAGAUAGAUAUAUAGAGAGAUAAAAAGAUAGAUAUAGAGAUAGAUAUAGAGAGAUAGAUAUAGAGAGAUAGAUAUAGAGAGAUAGAUAUAGAGAGAUAGAUAUAGAGAGAUAGAUAUAGAGAGAUAGAUAUAGAGAGAUAGAUAUAGAGAGAUAGAUAUAGAGAGAUAGAUAUAGAGAGAUAGAUAUAGAGAGAUAGAUAUAGAGAGAUAGAUAUAGAGAGAUAGAUAUAUAGAGAGAGAGAAUCCAGUUGUGUGCCAAUAUACUGUAUGCUAGCUGACACCUAGCAUUAGCUGUAUUAACUACACUGAUGUAACGCUACGUGGUUGUCAAGCUCUUUUUUUUUUUUUUUACCUCGGAUUCCCGGAGCGUCACGGUCAUUCCAUCAGAAAAGCGAUUGAAGAUUUCUGAUGAGGAGAUUGAGAAUAAGAAAGUUGAGAGUCUGACACACAAAUCCAAACUUAGCAUCCCCUCCCUGGUGUAAAUAAAAAUAUAUAUAUACAAAUAUAGCCCUACAUGUUUGUCAUUGUGAGGAUGGAAUAUGUAACAUAUUUUCCAUGAGAUCCACCAUGAGUAUGUAUUUAUCCAUAUGGACCUACUUUUCAUGAAGCCAAGGCGAAGAGCCAGACUGAUGAAGUUCUCCAGCGUUACAUGGCCAGAAGGGGUCCCGUAGCGUAAAAGCAGCAUAUUUAACAUAUCUUCACUGACCCUUGUUCCUGGAGAUGAGAGACACAGGAAUAGGAGUAGAAAUAUGGCCUGGGUUGUAUUAAUUACAUAUUUCAAUAAUAUAGACACGCUUUAGCGGCUGAUGACUCAAUUGUUU